AUGCCUGCUCCCUCCGAUAAUCUGUUAGAAAAGGGCUACUGGGAGCCAGCCAGGGCAGAACCUGAGCGGCCCCUUCUAGCACGGGUGCAGCAACGCAUCCUGGAUCUGGUGAAGCCAUCUUUCGGCAGCAACCAACGGGAUCUCCGCAGCACCGGCAGCUCGAAUUCAUCGAAGCGCACACGUACAGCCUACCUCGAUGGACUCAGAGGGUUCGCGGCGCUCCUGGUGUAUCUGGGCCAUCAUCAACUGUGGGCGCACGAAGCGCUCGGUGCUGACCGAAUUCUCGAGAACGCAUAUGGCUAUGAUGGGCAGUACUAUUUCGCCUGCUUGCCAUUCAUACGGACGUUCUUUUCCGGAGGACACCUCGCCGUCACCGUCUUCUUCGUUCUCUCAGGGUACGUGCUGUCAUCGAAACCGCUGUCUAUGAUCCACGCCGGCGAAUAUAUGAGGCUAGGGGAUAACUUGUCGUCUGCUCUUUUCCGACGCUGGCUCCGACUUCACAUCCCCGUCAUCGCCACGACGUUUCUGUUCAUGACCUCAUGGCACGUCUUUGGGUACCGUGCCGAGCCACCGCCGCGGGCCACAUACUGGGAUGAUCUGUGGAACUGGUAUUGCGAGCUCAAGAACUUCACUUUCGUGUUCCGCACGGGCGGCGAGCCGUGGUUCAGCUACAGCUACCACGCCUGGUCCAUCCCCGUCGAGUUCAGGGGUUCUAUCCUCAUCUAUACGGCGCUGCUGGCGUUUUCGCGCUGCACGCGCAAUGCCCGGCUGUGGUGUGAAGUCGGCCUCAUCGUUUAUUUCAUGUAUAUUGUCGACGGGUGGUUUUGCUCCUUGUUUAUUUCCGGAAUGUUGCUGUGCGAUUUGGAUCUGUUGGCCAGCAACGGCAAUCUGCCCAAAAUCUUUUCUGUGGUUAGCAAACCACCAUUCGCAAGCUUGAAGACCGCCAUCUGGUAUGUCCUCAUCAUAAUCAGCUUAUACCUCGGCGGCGCACCUCCGUUUUCAUCGGACAUCAAUGUCCUCCGCGCCUCUCCGGGCUGGUACUACCUAUCCUUCCUGAAGCCACAGGCCGUCUUUGACCCGAAAUGGUUCUACCUAUUUUGGGCGGCGACGUUCCUUGUGGCCGCGAUUCCGCGCAUCCCCUGGCUACGGGGCUUCUUCGAAACCAGGUUCAACCAGUACCUUGGCCGAGUCUCGUUUGCCUUUUACCUCGUCCACGGUCCGGUUCUGUGGUCGCUCGGAGACCGCAUCUACGCUGCUGCAGGGUGGCAUCGCGAGCCGCAUGUGCUGAAUAUUCCCGGCUGGAUCAAUCUGCUCCCGCUGCCAAAGGCCGGCCCGUUCGGCUUGGAGCUGGCUUUUUGGCUGCCUCAGCUCAUACUGUUGCCAGUUACUCUGUGGCUGGCGGAGGUCGCUACCAAUCUCAUUGAUGAGCCGAGCGUCACUUUUUCCCAGUGGUUGUACCGGAAAACUCUGGCCUCUCCGGGGCCGUCGACCAAGUUAUAA